AUUAUUUUUAGCAGAUGUAAGAAUUGACAAGUAUCUCAUAAAAUAAUGAUGAUGAAUUGAAUUCUACUUGCUAGUCUAUAUAAGUCCCAGGGUUUAAAAGGCACUUUGGAAAUAAUUUGACAUUAUUUCAUAUUUGGGGUGAACCAUUAAUAACUAUUGGACCACAUUGUAAAACAUUUAUAAAUGAUUAGUUUAGGGCCUUUAACAUUAUGCAUGAUUAUUUCAUUUGGUGGAGCUAGCUAUUUAUUAAUUUACGAGAUAGCUAUUAGAAAAGGACUUUAUGUUUAUUACUUUUCAAUUUUUAUAGCAGCACUUUAGAUGUUUAGUUACUUAAUGACUGCUUUAAAAAAUCCAGGCAUUGUGACUAGUUCUAGAGAAUACAAAGGGAUAUUAUAAUGUAUAGUAAGAAAUAUAUAUAAUUAAAACCUUAUUAGGUUUGUAAUAAUCCAAGAAAUGUAGGUUCAUUAUAUCACUGCGAAGAUUGUGAUGUUUGCAUUUCAGGAUUUGAUCAUCAUUGUCCUUGGACAGGAAAAUGUAUAGGAAGAGGAAACAUUGGUUCCUUUUAUAUAUUCGUAACUAUGAUCCCGAUAUAUAUUGUAUAUUUCAUCAUAGUUUCCCUAUUAUGA